GAUCAGUUUGUGGAUUAUUUGCUUUCGAGUUAGCGCGUACACUAUUCUACACUGCGCCGCAUGACUGUGCAUUUUAACAGUCAUUAUACAAACACGGCGGUAAAUGAUUGACGCUUCCUGUGGACGCCUACUUCAACAUUGCGGUUGUUCUUUGUAAUUAACAUGGACGCACUUGUAACCUGACGUAACUCAACUCUUUUAGCCUGCUAACGGCUAACUUUUUUUGUAAUGUCGUAGUAAACGAGUGUUGCAGUCUUACUGGUACUUGACCGGAAGUACACUCCUUCAAAAUAAAACAUGGGCAUCAAAGUGAGCGUGAGCUUGAGUGUGUUGUUUACGCUCCUGGAUGUCGUCCUCACCACUGUCCUUUAUGCACAUGGAUCACACUUGGCCACGUUCGGUGAAGAUGCCCUGAACUUUAACAUCCUCCAGUCAGCGCUGGACCUCUGGGGGUUCGUCCUGCUGCGAGCUUCCCUUCUGCUCGGGGCCUCCAUAGGUGUGACGUGGAACAACAAGCACGGCCCGCGGAGGGUCUCGGCGCUCACCAGCCUCAUUCUCUUCAUCUGCCUCUUCGUCAUCACCUACGCCAUGGCCAAACUGCUCAUGCUGACCGAGGUGAAGCCUCUGUCACAGCAGCCCUGGCUCCUCAGUCUCAUCUGCUGGACUUGUGCCUCCUCUGUGGGUGUCAUGCUCCUGUGGAUUCUGCUAGGGAAGGAGUCCAGCCCGGUGAAAAGUCGACGUAGGAGUUACAACCCGGGAGAAGAAAGCUGUGAGGAGACUGACAGCCUGAUGGCGACAGCUGGUGAAGAGGAGCAGGAGGUGGGCUGUGAGAGGAGGGAGAAGAAGACGCAGAAGAAAGAAGAGGAGAAGAAGGAGACAACCCGCUCUGGAGCUACAGUGGGACGUUUAAUGAGCUUCUCCAGGAAGGAUACUGGUCUGCUGUGUGUGGCGUUCUUCUUCCUCGUCAUCUCAGCUGUGUGUGAAGCCUUCAUACCGCUUUACUAUGGCAGAGCCAUUGACGGCAUUGUGAACUACAAGAGCAUGGAGCACUUUGCAGAACCAGUCAUUAUCCUGGGAGUGUUGGCGUUGGUCAGUUCAUUUGCUAUGGGAGUGCGUGGCGGCAUCUUCUCCCUGACUUUUUCUCGAUUGAACCUUCGACUCAGGAGCCAUCUCUUCAGAACUCUCAUGAGGCAGGAGAUUGGCUUUUAUGAUGAAAACCACACAGGUGACAUCAUGUCCCGUCUGUCGGCUGACACCACGCAAGUGAGCGACCUCAUCACCCAGAACGUCAACAUCUUCUUGCGGAGCACCAUCAAGGCCGUCGGCUUCCUCUUCUUCAUGUUCGGCAUUUCCUGGAAGCUCAGUCUCGUGGCCAUCAUGGGGUUCCCUUUCAUCGGCCUCGUCUCUCAGCUUUACGGCGAUUACUACAAGAAACUGAGCAAACAAGUACAGACCACUCUCGCAGAAGCCAACAGAGUGGCAGAAGAGACCAUCUCAUCCAUGAGGACAGUGCGGAGCUUUGCAAACGAGUGCGGGGAGGAGGCCUCGUACUACGCCAAGCUCUUAGCCAUGUACCAGCUCAACAAGAAGGAGGCUCUGGCCUACGCCUGCUACAUGUGGUCCAGUCGUAUUUCAGAGCUUGUUCUGGAGGUCUCCGUCCUCUACUAUGGGGGUCACCUCGUAAUUACCCGUCAGAUGACGAGUGGUAACUUGAUCUCUUUUUUCAUAUACAUGCUCGAGCUGGGUGAAUGUCUCGAGAGCAUUGCGUCAGUGUACACUGGAUUAAUGCAGGGAGUCGGAGCCGCGGAGAAGGUGUUUGAGUAUCUGGACCGAGAACCCAAACACCCAGCUGACGGCACGGAGGCUCCAGACACGUGCGCCGGUCUGGUCGAGUUCAAAGACGUCACGUUUGCUUAUCCAACGCGACCUGACACUGAUGUCCUCAAGGGCGUGUCGUUCACUCUGCGGCCAGGAGAGGUCACUGCUCUCGUGGGGCCCUCAGGCAGUGGAAAGAGCUCCUGUGUGAGUCUGCUGGAAAACUUCUACCUUCCUCAGCAGGGUCAAGUGCUUCUGGAUGGAAAACCUGUUCAGACCUUUCAGCACGACUACCUCCACUCCAGGGUGGCUCUCGUGGGGCAGGAGCCGGCGCUGUUUGCGCGGUCGGUCGAGGACAACAUCACCUACGGCCUGAGUGACGUUUCCAUGGAGACUGUGGUUCAGGCCGCCACCAAAGCGAACGCUCACGACUUCAUCACCAGCCUCCCCGAAGGCUACGAGACAGGUGUUGGAGAGAAGGGCACUCAGUUGUCAGGGGGCCAGAAACAAAGAGUGGCCAUCGCGAGGGCUCUCGUCCGCAACCCUCGCGUUCUCAUUCUGGACGAGGCGACCAGCGCUCUGGACGCAGAGAGUGAGCACAGUGUUCAGCAGGCUCUGAACAACAUCCUGCAGGAGCACACGGUGCUGGUGAUCGCACACCGCCUCAGCACGGUGGAGAAGGCCGACAACAUCAUCGUCAUCGACAAGGGCCACAUGGCUGAGCAGGGCCCGCACGCUCAGCUGAUGGCCAGCGGGGGGCUCUACUCUAAACUGGUGCAGAGGCAGGUCCUGGGCAUUCAGACGGGGGCGGAGCUCCUAAACCCACCUGGGCUCAGCAGGAGGCCUGAAGGAGAGCGACGGCGGAGGAGACAAAGAAGCAGCAGCAGCAGCAGCAGUGAGUCUGAGUUCAAAGCUCAGUACUGAGAAUGAACUGCAGCGUGUGGAGACGAUGAUCAGAACCAGUUCAGGUGAUGAUCCGCUGUUAGAGGUCCAGAGUGUAGGAUUUCCCGGCUCUGUUGGUGUAAACGGAGACGGUUUAUGAUCAGGUUU